UCAGAAAGUUUUGUUUUUUAUAGUUAUUUUUGUUAAUUAAUGUUACAUUAAAAUUUAAAUAAUGGAACCAAGUGGUGGUAAAAAAGUUUUACAAAAUACUGGAAAAUUUUUCUCAGAAACAAGAACAGAAGGAGAUGACUAUUUCAAUGAAGCCGGUUACAGGCAGUCAAGGGAAAAUGAUAAAAUUGAUUCCAAAUAUGGUUUCGAUCGUGUUAAAGAUGGUGUGGAGAGGACUGGGUAUCUCAUCAAUAUGCACACAACUGAAGUGUUAGACGAAGAUCGUCGCUUGGUGGCAGCGUUAGAUUUGUUCUUCAUACAAAUGGAUGGAUCUCGUUUUAAAUGUACAGUUGGCUACCAACCGUAUUUGCUGAUAAGACCUGAUGAAAAACAAGCUAUAGAAGUAGCUCGUUUUAUAAGUCGUAAAUAUGCAGGACAAUUGGUUAACGUCGAACAUGUUUAUAAAGAAGAUUUAGAUUUGCCCAAUCAUUUGUCUGGCCUUAAGCAACAAUAUCUAAAAAUAACCUUUCUAAAUCAAACGGCCAUGACAAAAGUGCGUCGCGAAAUUAUGGCUGCGGUACGAAAAAAUACCGAAAGGGAAAAAUCGAAUACAUAUUACUUGCAAAUGUUGGCUUCUUCCUUAGCCGCCAAUAGCACCAGCGAAGGUGGAGAUGCUAAAAAACAGUUAGAUUAUAUGGAUUGCAUAAUGGAUAUUAGAGAACAUGAUGUACCCUACCAUGUUCGCGUGUCAAUAGAUUUAAAAAUUUUCUGCGGUCAAUGGUAUAAUAUACGCUGUCGUAGCGGCGGCAUGGAAAUGCCCAUUAUAACUCCACGUCCCGAUAUACUUGAAAGACCUGAACCAGUAGUUUUGGCUUUUGAUAUUGAAACUACCAAAUUACCAUUAAAAUUUCCAGAUGCCCAAUCGGAUCAAAUUAUGAUGAUCUCCUAUAUGAUUGAUGGUCAGGGUUAUUUAAUCACAAAUCGUGAAAUCAUUUCAUCUGAUGUUGAUGAUUUCGAGUAUACACCGAAGCCCGAGUUUGAGGGAAAUUUUAUAGUUUUUAAUGAAGAAAAUGAAAUGCAUUUGAUACAGAAGUUUUUUGAUCAUUUAAUGGAAGUUCGGCCACAUAUCGUUGUGACGUAUAAUGGUGACUUUUUCGAUUGGCCCUUUGUUGAGACUAGGGCUGCAGUUUAUGAUUUGGACAUGAAGCAAGAGAUCGGGUUUUCAAAAUCAAGAGAAGGCACUUAUUUGUGUAGACCAUCUAUACAUAUGGAUUGUUUAUGUUGGGUAAGACGUGAUUCCUAUCUGCCAGUUGGUUCCCAAGGUCUGAAAGCUGUUGCCAAAGCAAAAUUACGUUAUGAUCCCGUUGAAUUAGAUCCCGAAGAUAUGUGCAAAAUGGCAGUAGAACAGCCACAAGUACUCUCUAACUAUUCCGUUUCGGAUGCUGUGGCCACUUACUAUUUGUACAUGAAAUAUGUACAUCCCUUUAUAUUCGCUUUAAAUACUAUUAUUCCCAUGGAACCGGACGAAAUUUUGCGUAAAGGUUCUGGUACUCUUUGUGAAACUCUACUUAUGGUGCAGGCAUAUCAUGCCAAUAUUGUAUAUCCAAACAAGCAACAAAGUGAACUUAAUAAACUCUCCAAUGAGGGUCAUGUUUUAGAUUCGGAAACAUAUGUGGGAGGUCAUGUAGAGGCUCUUGAAUCGGGCGUAUUUCGUGCUGAUAUACCAUGUCGUUUUCGUUUAGAUCCCAAUAUGGUUCAACAACUAAUGGAUAAUGUAGAUCGUGUAUUGAAGCAUGCUCUGGAGGUGGAGGAAGGCAUACCUUUGGAAACAGUUAACAAUCUGGACGAGGUGCAUAAGGAGAUAUGUCAAGCCUUAAAAGGUUUACAUGAUAUACCAAAUCGUUUGGAACAGCCUGUUAUAUAUCACUUGGAUGUGGGCGCUAUGUAUCCAAAUAUUAUUUUAACCAAUCGUUUGCAACCCUCAGCUAUGGUCAGUGAUACUGAUUGUGCUGCUUGCGACUUUAACCGGCCUGGUGCUCGCUGUAAAAGGAGUAUGGAUUGGAUGUGGCGUGGUGAAAUGUUACCAGCCUCUAGAAAUGAAUUUCAAAGAAUACAGCAACAAUUGGAAACAGAAAAAUUUCCACCAUUAUUCCCGGGCGGACCACAAAGAGCAUUUCAUGAACUUUCCAAAGAAGAUCAGGCGGCCUACGAGAAAAAACGUUUAUCGGACUAUUGCCGCAAAGCUUACAGGAAGACUAAAAUUACUAAAUUGGAAACAAAAAAUUCUACAAUUUGCCAAAAGGAAAACAGUUUUUAUGUGGACACUGUGAGAGCCUUUCGCGAUCGUCGUUAUGAAUACAAAGGCUUAACUAAAGUUGCCAAAGCUGCCGUCAGUGCUGCUAUAGCAUCCGCAGAUGCCUCGGAAAUCAAAGCCGCCAAGGGUCGAGAAGUUUUGUAUGAUUCGUUGCAGUUGGCGCACAAAUGUAUUUUGAAUUCUUUCUAUGGUUAUGUCAUGCGUCGUGGUGCUAGAUGGCAUUCUAUGCCUAUGGCUGGCAUUGUGUGUUUGACUGGUUCCAAUAUUAUUACAAAAGCUCGAGAAAUCAUAGAACGUGUGGGUCGUCCCUUGGAAUUGGAUACCGAUGGUAUUUGGUGUAUUUUACCUGGCUCUUUUCCGCAAGAAUUUACCAUUUUGACUUCGCAUGAAAAGAAAAAGAAAAUUAAUAUUUCUUAUCCGAAUGCGGUCCUCAAUACCAUGGUUAAAGAUCACUUCACCAAUGACCAAUAUCACGAAUUGGUAAAGGCCAAAGAUGAUUCUGGUGAACAGCCCGAAUAUACCAUAAGAGACGAAAAUUCUAUAUUUUUUGAAGUAGAUGGUCCUUAUUUGGCCAUGGUUUUGCCGGCGUCCAAAGAAGAAGGAAAGAAGUUGAAGAAAAGAUAUGCUGUGUUUAACUUUGAUGGCUCUUUGGCUGAAUUAAAGGGCUUCGAAGUAAAACGUCGAGGUGAAUUGCAGCUCAUAAAAAAUUUCCAGAGUUCUGUUUUUGAGGCAUUUUUGGCUGGUAACACUUUGGAAGAGUGUUAUGCUUCGGUAGCUAAAGUGGCGAAUUACUGGUUGGAUGUUUUAUAUAGUCGAGGUUCUAACUUGCCCGAUUCGGAAUUGUUCGAGUUGAUUUCAGAAAAUAAAUCUAUGUCUAAGAAACUGGAGGAGUAUGGAGCCCAAAAGUCCACGUCUAUAUCAACUGCUAAAAGAUUAGCUGAAUUUUUGGGAGAACAAAUGGUUAAAGAUGCUGGUUUAGCCUGUAAAUAUAUUAUAUCUCGAAAGCCCGAAGGAGCACCUGUCACCGAAAGAGCAAUACCUUUGGCUAUUUUCCAAUCCGAACCCAGUGUUCGAAGACAUCAUCUACGCCGCUGGCUAAAAGAUAAUACUAUGGGUGAUGCUGACAUACGAGAUGUUUUAGAUUGGAACUACUAUAUUGAACGUUUGGGAGGAGCUAUACAAAAAAUUAUUACAAUACCGGCAGCUUUGCAGGGUCUAUCAAAUCCUGUGCCCAGAGUGCAACAUCCCGAUUGGCUACACAAAAAAAUCUCUGAGAAAAAUGAUGUCUUCAAACAGCGUAGAAUCAACGAAAUGUUUACUUCCAGACCAAAGCCUAAGCCAGCCAUGCCUUCAUCCAGCAAUGACAGUGAAGCGAAAGAUGUAGAUAUAGCUGAUAUGGAAGACUUAUUAGGCGUAGAACAAACGACCGAUGGCAGGCCUAAAGUAACUAAACGACGUAGGGCUCACUCAGACGACGAAGAAAACGAGCCCAGCCAACCUGAGCAUACGUCUUGGCGUCAAGCUUUGGGCCAACCACCAGUCAUAGGCAAAACACGUAAAGAAAUAGUGGAGUGGGUUAAAUUCCAAAAGCUUAAAUGGGCUUGGCAAUUGGAAAGACGACAACGCUACACACAACAAAAUAAAAGGCAACGCAGUAAUAAUGCAAACAACGCACAAGAUCACAGAUCCUCCUCUAAGGGGGCCAUAUCUACAGCCACUUUGGGUGGAUUCCUGCGAAGAGCUCAGCGUUCGUUGCUAGAUCAAGUUUGGCAAAUAUUACAAAUUGUACCCGUCGAUGAUCUAGGACACUUCACAGUGUGGGCUAUGAUCGGAGAAGAAUUGCACAAAAUAAAAUUAAUAGUACCUCGUAUAUUCUAUGUCAAUCAAAGAAGCCAAGCUCCACCCGAAGAAGGCCAAAUGUGGAAGAAAGUAAAUCGUGUACUGCCACGUUCUCGACCCGUAUAUAAUCUAUAUCGGUACAGUGUACCUGAACAAGUUUUCAAAGACAAUUGCCUGGGAAUGUUGGCUGAUCUUGCAACUCCCGAUAUUGAGGGUAUUUAUGAAACUCAAAUGUCUUUAGAAUUCAGAGCUCUUAUGGACAUGGGCUGUUUGUGUGCGGUGCAACGUGAGGAAUCCAAAAGAUUGGCUAGUUUGGCCACUAAAGAUUUAGAAAGCUUUAACAUUGAGCAAUUAGAACAAAAGUCACAAGCACACAUAAAAUACCUACAAAGCUCUAAUGCUAAACUAAGGAAAAUAUUCCUGUAUCAACACAAUAUCCCCACUGCCAAGAAGGAAGUGUGGUCAAUUUUCCUAAUGGCGAGUAAAAAAGCCAUAGUUAUAGCUUUAGAUACUGUACGUACAAAUCAAAUGCCUAACAUGAAAAAUCUCUAUACCGCCGAGAGAUUAGCUUUGAUUAAGAAUUUACAAAAUCCCGAAGAUGCCGAAAAAAUACCAGCAGAAGAUUUUACAUUCGAAAUAUUCAUUGAAGUAGAUGUCAAACAGGUUUAUCGCCAUAUACAAAAGGCGUUGUCAACAUACAAGGAAGAAAAACGUGGCCCAACUGUAAUUUGCAUGCAAACGGCUUUAGAGGCGCGUAAACUGAGCAAUAACAUGCCAAUUUUAUUAGAUUUUGCACAAGCCCAGAUCCACAUAUCUGAUGAUGCUUCCCUUUUGUCGGGCUUGGAUUGGCAGCGACAAGGUUGUCGUGCAUUGGUGCGUCAUUUUUUAAAUCUCAACAAUGUUGUGGAGUUGAUGUUGGAUCAAUGUCGUUAUUUCCAUGUUCCAUUGGGCAAUAUGCCUCCAGAUACGGUGUUGUUUGGAGCCGAUCUAUUUUUUGCUAGAUUGUUGCAAAAACACAAUUUUGUUUUAUGGUGGUCUGCUACCACUCGACCUGAUUUGGGUGGCCGAGAAGCCGAUGACAGCAGAUUGUUGGCGGAAUUUGAGGAUAGUAUUACUGUGGUUCAAAAUCAAUCCGGAUUUUAUCCAAAUGUUUGCGUAGAAUUGGCCCUGGAUAGUUUGGCUGUAUCGGCUCUACUGCAGUCGACAAAGAUUCAGGAAUUAGAGGGUGCUUCCUCAGCCAUAACAUUUGAUGUAAUACCACAAGCUUCUCUAGAGGAAAUGAUAGGCACGGUACCAGCAGCCACUCUACCAAGUUAUGAUGAGACAGCUCUGUGCUCUGCAGCUUUUCGUGUUAUGCGUUCCAUGGUUAAUGGCUGGCUAAGAGAGGUGUCGAUUAAUCGCAACAUUUUCUCCGAUUUUCAAAUUGUUCACUUCUAUCGUUGGGUAAGAUCCAGCAAUGCCUUGCUUUACGAUCCUGCCUUAAGACGGUCCCUUAAUAACCUGAUGAGAAAAAUGUUCUUAAGAAUUGUAGCAGAAUUCAAACGUUUAGGAGCCAGCAUUAUAUACGCCGACUUUAAUCGCAUUAUUUUGUCCUCGGGCAAGAAAUCCGUCGCUGAUGCUUUGGCUUAUGUGGACUAUGUAGUGCAGUCCUUAAGAAAUAAAGAAAUGUUUCACUCUAUACAAUUGUCCUUCGAACAAUGUUGGGACUUUAUGUUAUGGCUAGAUCAUGCCAAUUAUUCGGGCAUAAGAGGUCGUUUGCCCAAAGGCAUAGAUGAGACGACACUUGGUGAUGUUACUGCAGCCGCAUUAGCGGCCCAAACGGAAGAUCGUUUAAAAAAUAGGGAUUCUCAAAAUUCCGAUAAUGAAGAUUCCGACAAUGAUGUCGUGGAAGUACCACGCGCCCCUGAAGAUGAUGAAAAUGCUGAAGACGAAGAACAAUUGUCGCUUGAGUUGAACUGGACCAUCAGUGAACAUUUGCCGGAAGAAAAUGAGUGCCGCGAAAAAUUCGAAGCCCUUUUAACAUUGUUUAUGCAAUCUUUAGCCGAACGUAAGACCACACAACAGGCCAUUAAAGAUAUUUCUCAUGCUGCAUUUGAUUUCAUUAUAAAAUUGCAUAAAAACUAUGGCAAAGGUAAACACAGUCCGGGUUUGGAUUUAAUACGUACUCUUAUUAAGGUGCUCAGUGUUGAUAAGGGUUUGUUAGAGGAUAUAAAUGAAUUGCGUCGAAAUAUGUUGCGUUUGGUAGGUGUUGGUGAAUUUUCCGAUUUGGCUGAAUGGAAAGAUCCUUGCGAUAGUUAUACUAUAUCUGAGGUCAUCUGUAAGGCGUGUAAUCAUUGUCGUGAUUUGGAUUUGUGUAAAGAUAAACAUCGCGCCAUGAAGGAUGGAAUCCCCGUUUGGUUGUGUGCCCAAUGCUUUGUGGCCUAUGACAAUGAAGAGAUUGAAAUGCGUAUCAUAGAUGUUGUCCAAAGAAAACUGAUGUCAUAUGUUUUGCAGGAUUUACGCUGUACACGGUGUAGUGAAAUAAAAAGAGAGAACUUGGCACAAUUUUGCACAUGUGCUGGUGAGUUUGCGCCACUAAUCUCAGGACGUGAAAUCGAUCAAUUACUGAGAACUUUCCGCAAGGUAGCAGAAUACCAUAAAAUGGAUUUGCUGCAUGAAACUGUUCAACAAAUUAUAAAUACUAGAUAAGAUAUGUAACAUGUAUUUUAAAAUGCAAAACAAAAGAACUGUAAAUAUAAGUUACAACUAUUUUUCGAAUA